AUGGCCGUCGACAACUCACUGGAGGCGCUUCUCGUGACACUCACUACAUCGAUACAAUCCGCCACUGAGGCACUUCCAACCGAUGACAUUUUACCUCCAAAGGACGGUAUUUCGUUACUGGAUGUCAAGAACGAACUACUACUGUCCUAUCUGCAAAACCUUGUUUUCCUCAUCCUACUCAAGUUGAGAUCGCGAAAAGGCGACCAGAAAGAGGCGGAUCUUCACUUUCAAGAUGAGGUGGUUCAAAAGCUUGUAGAGUUGAGGGUGUAUCUGGAGAAGGGUGUGCGGCCACUGGAGAGUCGCCUCAAAUACCAAAUCGACAAGAUCUUGAGAACAGCAGAUGACGCUACCCGACGGAAUGCUCAGGCAACUGCCAAGCCAAUAUCGAAGCCGAACAAGAGAAACGCAGACACAGGAUCCGAUUCGGACGUAAGCGAUGCCGAAUCAAACGGCUCCGCACAAACCGAGGAAGACGAAGACGAGAUGGCUUACGGUCCCCGUCGCGCCCUGGUGACCCGUCAAAAGACCGAAGCCGCUACAGAGCGCGCACGUGAAUCAGCAAAGGACGGUAUUUACCGCCCGCCAAAGAUUACUCCCAUGGCUAUGCCGACGCCCGAGGGCAGGGAAGCACGCCGUGAGCGCCGCCCAGGAAAAUCCGCGACGCUGGAUGAGUUCAUUGCUACUGAGAUGUCUUCUGCACCCAUUGCCGAACCCAGCAUCGGCUCCACAAUCACAAACGGUGGCCGACACACCAAAUCCGAGCGUGAGCGCCGCGAAGAGAACGAGAGGCGAGAGUACGAAGAAGCCAACUUUACGCGCUUGGCGCCGAAGAGCAAGAAGGAGACUGCCAAGCAGAAGGCUAGGCAGCAACGUGACGGUGGUUUUGGUGGCGAGGAGUGGAGAGGGUUGAGUUCGGGUAUUGACCGAAUUGAGCGGCUCACGCAGAAGAAGGGUGGUACUCUGGGAAGUCUCGAGAAAAGUCGGAAGAGGCCUGUGGGCGAUGGGCCAAGGGGGUCGGGAUCGGCCGCAGGAGAUGCGUUUGAGAAAAGGAGAAAGGUUGUUGGAAGGUACAAGUAA